AUGGCCUCUAAACUGCGCUCCUUGGCGGAGACAGACGUCCGUCAUCCCAUCCCGCCCGAGCAGCUCCUCCCAGCCUUGCAGACACCGCCCUUCAUCUACGUCCCAGGCACCUUCAACACGCGCGAUCUCGGCCUGCUCGCGGACGACAACGAUGGCAGCGGCUCUGCCAAGAUCCGCCGGGGUUUUAUCUACCGCACGGGUGGCCUCGACAUCCUCCACGGCAGCCUGGAGGGCCGCGCCGCCCUGCGAGAGAAGCUCGGCGUGCGCCGCAUCUUCGACCUACGCUCCAAGGACGAGCACGCCAGAAGCCCUGACCCGGAGAUCGAAGGCAUCGAGGGCGUAUGGCUGGGCUCCGAGGGCACCACCGAGCAGGCGGCCAAGGUCGACCUGGCGGCGUUCAUCGAGGGCGAGGGGGAGAAGGGCUAUGUGGCCAUGUACUUUGAGGUGCUGGACUGGUAUCAGGGUAUCUUCAGGGAGGUGCUCAGGAGCAUCAGGGACAGGCCUCAGGAUCCCAUCAUGUUCCACUGCACAGCCGGAAGAGACCGCACAGGCGUCUUGGCUGGCAUGCUUGAAACCAUUGCCGGCUACGAUCCCAAACUCGUCCAGACGGACUUUUUGUUGUCUAGGAUCGGAUAUGAGCCAGCACGGGAGCAGCUGAUCAAGUUUGCGAUUCAGGGAGCCGGCGUAGACGUUGGUGAGAAGCCCGACCUGUCCAGAUUUUACGACGUGCCGGGCUUUCUGAACCUGGCCGCCCUGAAGACUUCCUGUUGGGACGCAUUUGUUGAUGCCGUCAGGGAGAAAUACGGCGGCUUUGAGGGUUAUGUGACCGGGGUCUUGGGCUUCUCGGACGAGGACUUGAUCAAGAUCAGGAGGAACCUGGUGCAAGCUCCAUGA